AUGGAUACUACGCCAGUUCAUGACGCUGGCGCCGGUGAACUUCCCAGCGGCCAGACUAAUGGCAAGUCGCGAACCCAGAGUUUCUCCCAAAAGUCGGAUGAUUCGCAUACAGCAGCUGAGUUUCUUGAUAACCAACUCCGACUCGAGGCUGAUGCGCGCGAAGCUCUACCAUAUAGCAUCGAUAACUGCACAAAGCCCCUAGGACCUCUUCGUCAGAUAGUCUUUGCUUGCUUGACAUGCAAUCCCCCACCCGCUAAUCCCACCGACCCGUACACACCUGCCGGCGUUUGCUAUUCUUGCUCGAUACAAUGCCAUGGCGAGCACACUUUGGCGGAGCUCUUCAACAAGAGGAACUUUACCUGCGACUGCGGAACGACUCGUCUACCGUCAACCUCCCCGUGUACUCUGCGCAUAAAUCCAGAAACAAACACACAGGGUGGUGUGCAUUCUGAAACUCCAGACCCCAACAACAAAUACAAUCAAAACUUCCAGAACCGCUUCUGUGGCUGUGAAUGUGAUUAUGAUCCGGAACAGCAGAAAGGGACAAUGUUUCAAUGUUUAGGAUUAGGCACAGCUGAAAAUGGUGGAUGUGGAGAGGAUUGGUGGCACCCCGGAUGUGUUGUUGGUCUGGGUCCAGACUGGUUCGAGACCUCGAGUAAAAAGGGCACGCCAAAGGAAGUGAAGAAUGAAGGGCUUUUGGAACCAAUUACAGAAGUCGCCGAGGCUGCUGAGGAUGAAGCAAAGUCAACUACGAAGGAGGAUGUACAAGUCAACGGAUCAACCGAGGCAGGUGAGCCCGCCGAGACAGCAGAGCCCAAUGAAGAGGACGAAGAGGAUGAAGACGACGACCCACCGAUGCCACCGGGGUUUCCACCUGAGGACGACUUUGACGGCUUUAUCUGUUACAAGUGUGUGGAUGCAAAUCCUUGGAUCAAGCGAUAUGCUGGUGCACCCGGCUUCUUGGGCCCAGUGUUCAGACGAAGCGCAGCUCCAUCUCCCGAGGAGGCCAUUUCGUCCGAUCUAUCAAAUGGCAAAAAGCGCAAAUUAGAAGAUGAAGAGCCGGAUCUUUCUCCUGUGAAGCGACUGAAGGACGACGCAUCUGUCGAUGGGGCUGCUUCUACUGAGUUGCCUGGCACAGCAAACAAUACCACGAACUCCUCAGAUGCGGCAGACAAACCCUGCAAAGUGAAAACACUGCCACCAGCGCCUGUUGGUCAGAUUUCACUUUUCUUCAAAUCUGAUUUCCGAGACCAUCUAUGCCGCUGCUCUGACUGUUUCCCUAAUCUGGCCAAGCAUCCCUAUCUGCUGGAGGAAGAAGAGACCUACGAACCGCCCCUUUCCGAAAACGGCGAUGAAGCCGGAGGCAGUACUAUUGGAAGCGGUAGUAUUUAUGAGCGUGGUGAGAGUGCCCUCAAAAACAUUGAUCGUGUUAAAGCCAUUGAGGGGGUGAUGGCAUACAAUCACUUGAAGGACAAACUCAAGCCAUUCUUCCAGCAAUUCGCAGAGAGUGGUAAGGCGAUCAGCGCAGAAGAUAUCAAGGCGUAUUUUGCGAAGAUGAGAGGUGAUGAGCAGGCUAUCCAGGAAGCGGGUGAGGGUGCCAAAAGUGCAGAUAAUAGGACAGAGCAGAGUGGACAUUGA